ACAGGCAGAAAGAACCAGAAGGACCCAAAGAGGGGCAAGGACCCCAACACUCAUCCACAUAGCUGCGGAGGCAGCUGGAGCCACCCCUGGGAGAGACUCUGCUGCCUGUCCAUCCCCAUGGGCCACCGUGGGCCAUGGCUGCACACUUCUGUCCUCUGGGCUGCCGUGGCCAGCCUGCUCCUCCCCCCCGCCAUGACCCAGCAGCUGAGAGGGGCCGGGCCGGGCCCCAGCAACUGGAACAACAAUGCGGGAGUCGUGGGGCCCUCAGAGGACGUGUCAGGUGAGUUUGGCCACCCCAUGCACAGCCACAGAGGCCAUGAAGAUGAGAACGAAGAUGUCUCCGGGGAAUACAGUCACGGACUCAGAGACCACAGGUACCAAGACCACGAGGCCAGAGAAGAGAAUAUCCCCGAUGAGGAGGUCUUCACAGACCAUGCUCGGCAGGCCCAUGGGCACAGAGGCCACGAGACUGAAGAUGUGGAUGAUUCAGAUGAGCACAGGCACCACUUCCCCAGCCACAGAAGCCACGGCCAUCAGGACGAGGAUGAGGAUGAAGAUGAAGUGGAGUCCAGCAAGUAUCACCACCAUAUCAUCAGGCACGUACAUGGAGGCCACGGAGAAGAGGACGAUGAAGAUGAGGAGGAAGGGGUGGUCUCCACAGAGUAUGGACACCAGGCCCACAGGCACCAAGGCCACGGGAGGGAAGAGGAUGAAGAUGCCUCAGAUGAAUAUCCCCAUCAUGUCCCGAGCCACAGACACCGAGGCCACGGAGAAGAAGGUGAUGAUGAUGAUGUCUCCACUGAGUAUGGACACCGGACCCACAGGCACCAAGGCCACGGGAGGGAAGAGGAUGAAGAAGCCUCAGAUGAAUAUUCCCAUUAUGUCCCCAGCCACGGACACCAAGGCCACGGAGAAGAAGAAGGUGAUGAUGAUGAUGAUGUCAUCUCCACUGAGUACGGACAACAUGCCCACAGGCACCCAGGCCACGGGAAAGAAGAGGAUGAAGACGUCUCAGAUGAACACGGUCAUCAUCUCCCCAGUCAUGAACACCGCAGCCAUAGAGAAGAUGAGGAAGAGGGUAUGUCCACUGAGUACAGACACCAGGCCCACACGCACCAAGGCCAUGGGAAGGAAGAGGAUGAAGAUGUCUCAGAUGAACACCGUCAUCAUAUCCCCAGUCACGGACACCGAGGCCAUGGAGACGAAGAAGACAAGGAUGAGGAUGUGUCCACCGAACACUGGCACCAGAUUCCCAGACAUACUCACAGCCUUGGAGACGAGGAGGAAGAGGAAGAGGAGAUCACAGUCAAGUUCAGCCACCAUGUUGUAAGCUCCCAACACCCAGGCCCCAAGAGCACUGAGGAGGAGGACUUUCCAGAUGACUAUAAAUCAGCAGUCCCUGGCCAUCACCACCAUGGAGUCCCUAAGGAUGACGAUGAGGACAUCUCUGACAGGCUUGGCCACCAGGCUCCCAGCCACAGGCAACAAGGCCACCAAGAUGAAGGGAUUGGCCACAUCGAAGAUGAGAUUAGCCCCCAGCCCCCAGAACACAUGGGGGUCAAGGACAGAAGCCAUUUGAGGAACAGGGAUUCUGAGGAGGAAGAGGAGAAGGAGGAGGACCAGAGCUCCCAUGAGGAAGAUGAUGAAAGUUCGGAACACGGAGAAGGCGGCACCCACCAUGGCAGCCUGGACCAGGAGGAUGAAGAAGAUGAGGAGGAAGGUCACGGCCUCAGCCUGAGCCAGGAGGAGGAGGAGGAAGAAGAGGAGGAAGAGACGAGGGAAGGGAGGGCUGAGGUUCAGGCCCCACUGAGCCAAGACCACCAGGAGGGGGAAGAGGAGGAGGAAGAAGAGCUCCCCUUCACCAUCAUCCCUAACCCACUGGCUGGGAGGGAGGUGGCUGGAGCUGGCUCCAGUGAGGAGCAGAGUGGUGAGGACAAGGACACGGAUCUGCAGAGUGCCCAGGUGUACAGGAAUUACCAGCCUGGGUCCCUGUGUGGCUACUGCUCUUUCUGCAAUAGAUGCACUGAAUGUGAGAACUGUCACUGUGACGAGGAGAACAUGGGGGAGCACUGCGACCAGUGCCAGCACUGCCAGUUCUGCUACCUCUGCCCGCUGGUCUGUGAAACGGUCUGCACUCCAGGAAGCUACGUCGACUAUUUCUCCUCCUCCCUGUACCAAGCCCUGGCGGACAUGCUGGAAACUGCGGAACCCUGACCCAGCGGUGCGGCUGCGGCGCAGACGUACCUCCCUGGCCCUCCCACCCCUUUCCACUAGACAUAUUUAUUGAAUUGCAUUAUGAAUAAAGAUGCCCCCCGAAGCCUCA